AUGAUUCCAGAUGGAAGCUCAGAGCUACAGGAAGCAGUGAAGAACAAUGGACAGCACUUGUUUAGUGCCCAGCACAGAGACCUGACCAGACAGAGCCGGCAUCGGACGGCCGCCGACAACAGGCUGAUGGAGCGCUUUCUGCAGGACGUUGUGCACCACCACCCAGACAACCACCCGGACAACAGCUCUGCACCAAAUGAGGCAGCAGCAGCAGCACCACCACCAGCAGCACCACCACCACCAGCAGCAGCAGCAGCAGCUGAGUCACCGGAAGUGAUUGUUUUGGAUGAUUCGGAUGAAGAGGAGGACGACAGUGCAGACAGCAGCGGAGAGAUGCUCUCCGAGGAUUCAGAAUCUGUUGAAGAGAUAGACUGUAGACCUGGCACUUCUCAGGAAUGUGCAGAGGUUGCAGUUCGACCAUCGGUUAUUCAAAGGCUGGAGCGGGGACAGCAGCAGUCCUUGGAGUUGGCUCAUAAAGUUGGUGUUGUUGAGGCUGCAGCUAGUGGGGAAGAGUUAGUGCGUCCCCCAGUGAUCUGUAAUGCUCCUGCCAGCUCUGUGCCUAGAGGCUAUGUUGAGAUACCCGAGAUACCCGUUGCGGCUAGCAGUGUUCCUCGGUUAGCACUGGCAGUGGCUUCAGAUUCCGUUCCAGCUUGUGACACAGAGAACCUUGACACAUACUUUGACCCUCCAGAUCAGGGCUCUAGCAAUUCACAGUCUCAACCCAAAGCAAAAGAUCCAAAAAAGAAGCCUUUAAGUAUUAAUUUAGACAAAUUGCUUGCACAGAGAGAUCUCAGAGCUAAGGGUGCGUCUUUUUACCCUGUUGUACGAGUGCGUGAGCUAACAGGGGCCGAGCUUUGUUCUCUAAGAGUUGAGUCGUCUUCUGAGUCAGGGGCAGGCACAGCAGGAAACCUCAGUGAGGCUGACACACCCUCAGAUGCAGCCCGUGAAGGUGCCAUUCCAAAGCGUCGUGAGGCAUCUCGUUCAAAUGUAGUUCAUCCACAAGAAGAAACAAGUUUGGUUCCUAACAGGCCAGCACUUCUGACACAAAUGCGCUCAGUGAGUUCUGAAGUGCAGUUCCAUCGUGGCUCUCUUCAGCCAGUACCUGGUCAUUCCCGAGGUGCCGUAAAUGACUUAAGUCAUUUGGAGGAGGAGGAAGAGGAAGAGGAGGAAGAUGAGGAGGAGGAAGAGGAGGAGGAGGAGAUUAUUGACCUAGAGUAUGAGAGCUAUGAGUCUGGAGGUUCUGACAUGAGUUUUGAUUGCGCGUCCUCUUGCCAGUCACCCAGUCCAGUAUCUGAACUGAGCUCUAUAGAAAUAAAUGAAUCAGAAGACGCACAGGCUGAUGUCCAGCCUAGCAAUGAAGCACCUACUGUUUCUGCAGCAACUUCCCUUCAGGGGCAUACCAACCGUUCUCAAGUGAUUACACAGAACACACAGCUCGUUCGUUUGGUCGAUGAAAGCUAUGAGUCUAGUGGCUCUGAAGUGAAUUUCGAUGGCGAGGAAUCACUUCCAUCCACCAGUCAUGGUCCCCCACCGCUGGCGGCAGCAAACCUUCCUACACAGAUGGCUGUCCGCUUGGUUGACAGCUAUGGAAGCGGCAGCUCUGAACCAUGGGAGGAUUCUGUGUCCUCAGCUGAUGAGAUUCCAGCAGCAGCGGGACAGCAACAACCUCUGGUGGCCACCCCUGCACACCUGGUCGAUGAGAACUACGGGUCAAGCAGCUUCAGUUCUGAUAGUGACGUGGUCCCCCAAGUGCCUGCUCAAGGAAGAAGCCCGGGAGACAGAGAUGUCCAACAGGAAAAUGGAGGCCAACCCAGCAGCGCUGACGCACGUCCUGAGCGUGGUGAACCCCAGAGAGAAGCAGAAGAACUCAGUGUUCCCAACCAGAGUACCAGCCAUGGGGAUAUGAACUGUGAGUCUCAUGGUCCUGAAAUGGGUUUUCAUGCUGACGCUCAAUUAGAGGCUGAUCAAUCUCCAGUAAACCCUGAGGAAAUAGAUCUUGACCUAGAGGAUCAGAGUGUUCACUCUGGCAUUUCUAAUCUAAGUUUUGAUUCCCAUGCUUCUUAUCAGUCAGCUAAUGAUGAACCUCAAGGGGCUUGGGAUGAAGUAAAUCUUGAUGAGUUCAAUGCUGACAUGGACGCUAACAGCUAUGCCUACUCCAGCUCUGAGCUGACAUUUGAUUCCGAUUCCCCUCUUCUGUCGGUUACUGAGCAGUCUCUGCUGGAUGUUGAAGGACUAAACGAAGAUGACUUUGACCUGGACGAAGAAAGCUCUGUGUCAGGUAGUUCUGACAUAACUUUUGAUUCCGACAUUCCCGAUGACUCAGUAGCUGACCAACUUCGAGUAGCUCUUUAUGAGGAGGAACCUGUUGAUCUGGAAAAUAAGAGUAAUGAAUCUUGUGUUUCUGAAAUAACAUAUGAUUCUGAUAUUCCUCUUCAUUCAGGAAAUGAUCACCCUGAAGUAGCUGUUAAAGAAGUAAUCAUUCAGAAAGAAGAAAGCGCUCACUUAGAAGGGAAGGAUGACAACCCCAGUGGUUCUGGAAUAUGUUUGGAUUCUAAUACUAAUUCUCAAGUAGCUGUUAAAAAGAUAAAUUCCCCUAAAGAAGAGCAGGUACACACAGAACAAAAGGAAAAUGAACCUACUGAUUCUGAACUAAGUUUGAAUUGCGAUACUCUUAACUCAGAGCCUGGACGUUCUGAAGAUCCCAUUAUACUUCGUGCUUCUGAAACAGGACUUGAUUCUCGUACCCCCUUUCAGUCAGUUAUUCGCGAAGGUGAAGUAACUGUCAGAAACGUAUGCCCUCAACAAGAGACGCAUGCUCAACUGCCAAGUCAAAGUGCAGAAUCUCAUUCUGAAAUUAAUUCAGCUUCCUCUGCUUCCCGUCCAGCGACAGAAGCUUAUGUGGGGAAGAAAGCAAAGAGAAAGACGAAGCAUCUGGAGGAAGUCAGGAGUGACGAUGAGUACUCCCAGCCAGCUGCCUCGAAAGGGAGCCGUGUUGACCCACAAGAUGAAAGCACUGAGCCUAGACAGGCUGGAUUAAACCUGAAUGCCACUGGUUAUCUUGAUUCAGUCACUAGCCAACCUCAGCUGGCUGUGAACGAAAACCACGUUGAACUGGAAGACACGCACAGCAAACCCAGUGAUUCUGAAGCAGAUGUUGAUUCUGCUGGCCACUUUCACUCACCGCCUAAAGAAGAUGACAUGUUCACAAAGAUGAGCGAGUGGAAAGAAGAGGCAAAGGUUCUCGAAAAGAUGAUCAGUGAACUUUAUUCAAAACUAAUACAUGACUCCACUGCCUCUUUUCCUUCUGCAAUGGAUCAACUCGAACUAGCUCUUCAACAAAUAAAUCUUGAUAGUAAUGAUCAAAUGUCCUUGGAAAACAACAGCCAGGAUGCCAGUUCUGCAACAAACCUGGAUUCUGAUUUCUCUGUUCAGUCAGUAGCUGAACUACCUGAAACAACUGUUUUGGAGCCUGAACACGCUGAACUUGAAGGUAGGAAUCACGGGCCUUGUGAUUCUGAAGUAAGCUGCGAUCCUAAUGACUCUGUCCAGCCAGAGGCUGAUCAGCAUAGCAACAGCGAUGGCUACAGAGAUCAGAUGGAGAGAGAUGACCUGGAAGGUGAGGAGGAUGAAGCGCAGGGUUUUGGAGUCACAAGCGUUUCCAAUGUCCCGCAGCCAUUGGCUGGCCAAACUGAAGUUGAAGUAGUUCAGGAGAUCAGCCGCUGGGAAGAUUGCGGUGAUUUGGAAGAUAACACUGUUGAACCUAGUGACUCAGAAAUACACCUGCAUUCUGAUGAGCCGCUUCAGUCUGUGCGCAGUGCAGUUCAAGAGUCUGCUCACGAAAUCAGUUUUCUGAGGGGACAUGUUAGUCCGCAUGAUAGUGACUGUGAGCCCUGCGUCUCUGCCAUAGUGCCUAUUUCAAAUGUCAUUUUCUGCUCAGUAAUUCAGAAGCCACGCCACUUGCCUGGAACGAGUGUUGAUCCCUGUGAUGGCCCUGAAAUGGGUGCUGACUCCAGUGAGCCUUGUCAGUCAGUAGCAGGCCAACUUCAAACACCUGUCAAGGAAAUGAAUCUGAAGGAAGACCGUAUUUACCUGGAAGAUAAGAGCUACAAGCUCGUUGAUUUUGAACCAGCUUACUAUCCUGACGAUCCUGCUCAGUCUGCGCCAGCUCCAUCUGAAGUAAGUGUGCAAAGCGAGAGUCAGACUGACGUAGAAAACGAGACCUUUCAGCCAUGCUGCUCUGAAGUAGCGUGCAGUUCUGGUUCUUAUCUGCAGUCAAUCGCUGACCCACCUCCAGUGUUCUGCAGAGGAGCAGACCCCGAGGAGGAAGAGCUUGGCACAGAGGGGCCCAGCGAGCCUUGCGGGCCUGAAGUGCUGUACGACUCUGACGUGGCUUUUCAGAUAGUACUUAACCAGCCUCACACGUCCGACGGAGAACCAGAAUCCCCACAGGUGGUGCUGUUGAAUGUCGUGCCCAGUGGCAGUGACUGUGACCAGGAAGUCAUUUCUGAUUCAAAUAUUUCUCUUCAGCUAGAAACCAACGAUACAAAUACAGAUUCUGCUGGACCUGCAACAAUGGGAAUGUCCUACUGUAGAUUCUGUCCUUGUGAUAAUGAAGCCUCUCAGUCAGCGACAAAUCAAUCCAACGAAAGUUUCAGAAUAAUAAAUCGGAAGAACGACUAUAUUAUUCUGGGAGACCCCACUUGUCCGUCUUGUGGUCAUGAACUCAGUUUCGCUGCCAAUUCCUCUGAUCAGCCCUCUACCAGCCAGUCACAAGUGCCCGACCGUGACAGUGUGGCCGCAGAGGACCCGAGCCCUGAGCCUCACUGCUCUAGAAGCUUCAGUCUGGAAGAUACUCCUGGGCCGGUGACUGGCCAGCCACAGAACACUGCCCAAGGCAGCAGUUCGUGGGAAGGUCCAAGAAAUGUUCCCUUUCGAGACAGGAGCCGGGCAUCAAGUGGUUCCGCAGCUGGGCCUGCUGCCUGUGCUGUGUCGGUGAUCCGCCCGACCUCUGUGAAGCACAUCCCUUUGAAGAUACCAGAUGCAGAUCCUGAACCCGAGCGCCGUCGUCGUCGGGCUGGUGGACCUGAUCCGGACCCUGACCACCCUCAGCCUGCUAAGAAAAGCCGCGACCUUAAGAAGGUAACUUUUGACAGGAGAGUAACCAAGUACGAAUAUCUACCAUUCCCUUGGUACCCGGAAGAAUAUGCGCAAGAGUAUGCACAAGUGUAUGCAGAAGGGUAUGCACGAGAGUAUGCACAAGUGUAUGCAGAAGGGUAUGCACGAGAGUAUGCACAAGUGUAUGCACAAGGGUAUGCACAGGGGUAUGCACAAGGGUAUGCACAAGAGUAUGCACAGGGGUAUGCACUAGAGUAUGCACAAAGGUUUGCACAAGCAUAUGCACAAAGGUAUGCACAAGAGUAUGCACAAAGGUAUGCACAAGCGUAUGCACUAGCGUAUGCACAAGCGUUUGCACAGGAGUUUGCACAAGGGAACGCACAAGGGAAUGCACAAGAGAAUGCAGAAGGGAAUGCACAAGAGAAUGCAGAAGGGAAUGCACAAGAGAAUGCAGAAGGGAAUGCACAAGAGAAUGCACAGGGGUAUGCACAAGAGAAUGCAGAAGGGAAUGCACCAGCGUAUGCGGAAGGGAAUGCACAAGAGUACGCACAAGCGUAUGCACAAGAGAAUGCAGAAGAGCAUGCAGAAGAGCAUGCACAAGAGCAUGCAGAGGAGAAUGCAGAGGAGAAUGCAGAGGAGAAUGCACAAGUGUAUGCACAAGAGUAUGCACAAGAGUGUGCAGAAGGGUGUGCACAAGAGCAUGCAGAAGAGCAUGCAGAAGAGCAUGCAGAAGGGGGCCCUAAUGAACUGGUUCGUGAGGCCUCACCUCAAGUCCCUCGGCCACUGGGUGAAGACGAGGCGGCGGCACACACGCAGGACUCUGACUGUCAUCGCUACCGUUACUACCGUUACUACCGUCACUACCGUUACUACCAAGGCCUCCACGGUCGCCCCGAGACCCAGAGGGCCGAGCCGGCCGCCGCGGACCAACCGUCGUGCUCCCCCGCCGAGGCGCGCCCUGCGGCUGCUCAGGCCCAGGAGGAAGGACUGCGGCCUGGAACCCACGCAACUCCUGGGAAGAAAAGGAAGAUGGCGGGACACGAGGGCGAGCUGCCGGCCAAGAAGCACUCCCCGCACGACGGCCCGGAGGCGGCGGCGCCCAGCGGGAGCGGCGGGGAGGCCGCUGCGCCCGCGCCGCGCGACUCCCUGGCCUCCAUCUUCUGCUCUCUGACCAUGGCCGGGGCCCAGGCCGCGCCCGGACCCCACACGCCUGCUCCGCAGAACCCGGCGGGGCCGGACGGGGCCCCCAGCACGAGCGGCGCCGGGCCGAGCGCGCCCUCCGCGGCCUUCCUGGCCGCGCCCAAGAAGCGGAGGAUCCUGCGGUUCCUGGAGACCCAGGCCGCGGCUGCGGAGACGCCCGCGGCCCCGGCUCCGGCCCCGGCUCCAGCCCCGGCCCCCGCCGCCGCCGCGCCCCCGGCGAGUGCGCAGCCCAGUGCCCAGCAGGCCCGCAUGAACCGCGACAGCGCCAAGAUGUUCCUCAAGUCAAUCAAGAAGGAGAUCCUGGAGAGUAAAAACCAGAAGAAGUUCUGGAAGAAGAAGAUGGCCGCUACGCAUCUCAAGAUGUGCCUCCUCAAAAGCGCCUACAAAACCCUGGUCCUGCAGAGGAAGUCGCGGCUCGCUUCGGAAAAGCUGGCCAUGUGGGUUCAGCUGAAGGCCACCGACAUCCGCCGGAAGUACGGCUCCCGCGGCGCCGGCGUGCGCCGGAAGCGCCUGUCCAAGACGGUUCUCAUUCGCCAGCAGCUGCGGAAGAAGAAGCUGGUGGCCAGGAAGAUAAAGGAGGCGCGGAAAGCCGCCGCCGAGGCGCGCUCCCACCCCAGCGUCGCCGUCAGCCCGGCCGUGGUGGCCGAGGAGCCCCAGCCGAGCACGGCUGCGGGGCCCUCCCAGCUGCCGGCCGCCGCCCCCGAGGCUGCGGGAAGAAGGCGCUACCGGAAGAAGUACUACCGCAAGAAGAAGAAGCUUCUGCCCGUGCGUGAGUACGACCUGAGAAGCUCCAGUUCCGCCUCCAGCUCCGACAGGAUGGUGACCCGGCUUGCCAGCAAGUCGCGAAGCAGCGACGCCAAGUGA